AAGACUGUGUAGUUGGCGGAAAUUUAUCUACAGAGCAGCCCGCAGGGAAACGAGGGGAGGAAGCGACCGGCCUUUUCUGCACACUUCCCCCCCACCGCCACCGCCUCUUGGGUCGUGUUGAUGUAGCACUGGAAGGGGAGGGUCUGGCUGGGAAGUAACGAACCGGCGUGAUCAAUGUCGCUACCACUUUUCACUUUGGAAAACAGACAGCAUCAAGGGCAAAUACUUUAAUGUGUGAUGGAUCCUGUACGGGCUCAGCAACUGGCAGCUGAGCUGGAAGUGGAGAUGAUGGCUGAUAUGUACAGCAGAAUGACCAAUGCCUGCCAUCGCAAAUGUGUCCCUCCACACUACAAGGAGGCUGAGCUGUCCAAGGGGGAGUCUGUCUGCCUGGAUCGUUGCGUCUCCAAGUAUUUGGACAUCCACGAACGCAUGGGCAAGAAACUGACAGAGCUCUCAAUGCAGGAUGAGGAGCUGAUGAAGAGGAUGCAGCAGGGGGCUGGGCCAGCGUAACAGACAUACCCCUUUGUUCAUAGGCGACAUGCCCACCUACUUUCCUUCUCCUGCCUUCCCUCACUUAGUGCCUGGACUCUGUGUUCACCCCUCCUUUUGCCAAUAAAACAUGAAUGUUAAA